GUAUAAUAUUGUUAUGAUAUUAUUAUGACGAAAUCGCGAGCGCGGGUUUAGCCGUCGACGAGGGUUUUCGCAGUGGCCACGCGGCGGUUAUUGCGAUUUUUACACACUCGCCGUCUCGCCCGCGAUCGGUGGGUGCCACUGUCGUCGUCGUACUAGUUCGCUGCAGUCCGCGCACGUUGUAAAUUUAUAAUAUCAUAUUUCACCUGUUCCGAGCUCGCAUCCAAGUCCGACUAUACCCACCCCUUCGUCAUUACACGUCUCCGUCAGAGCAGCACCUUAAAACGACACCGCCGUGACUUCCGAUGUAAUAUAUUAUAUCAUCAUCAUACAAGUAGUGGUACACAAUAUUAUAAUACACACCCGCCGUAGACUUGUAGGUAGGUACCUAUUUACGCGUUAGACUGCACGUUGGUCUACUUUAUAUUAUAUUAUUAUCAUUAUAUGCACCCGUGGUGAAAACUUACAUUUGCCGCCACCGUCGCCGCCGCCGUCGUCUAACCGUAUAACUGCAGUUACGUGCCUCGCUGUCAUACCUCGUGAAUUCCGAUCCGCGCUUCGAGUCGAAUUUCAAACCUUUUCAUCGGCAUGACGGCGAAGAGAACGCGCAACAACGACACAUUUUAGUCGGUGAAUAUAUAAUACACAUACACCUACUACGACAGACAUCGUGUUAAUUUCGAUAUAUAUAUAUAUGCCAGAGAUCGCCAGUUGUGUUUCGAAGAAUAUCAAAAUGGCCAGCACGUCCAGCCCGAUAUCGGACUUUUUCCGCGGUCGUCACGUACUCAUCACCGGUGGCACAGGGUUCAUGGGCAAGGUGUUGGUGGAGAAAUUGCUGCACUCGUGUCCGAACAUCGCAUGUAUAUACCUAUUAAUCAGGCCCAAAAAGAGCCACGACGUCAAGUCUAGGCUGGAUCAACUACUAAACGCUGCGAUAUUUGAUUGGGUGAGGAAAAAUCAACCCGAGUCUCUAAAAAAAUUAGUUCCGAUUAAUGGUGAUGUCACUAAAUUCGAACUUGGCAUCAGCCCUUUGGAUCAAAAAACGUUAAUUGAUAACGUAUCUAUUGUGUUCCACUCGGCAGCCACCGUUAAGUUCGACGAGGCACUUAAACUUUCCGUUGCCAUGAAUUUGUUAGGUACUAAACGAUUGGUUCAGCUGAGCAAACGUAUGACCAAGUUAGAGGCCUUUGUACACGUUUCCACUGCGUAUUGUAAUUGCAACCGACAAGAUGUUGAAGAACAUUUAUAUCCCAUUCCUGCAGACCCAGAACAAAUUAUUCAAUGUGUUGAUUGUCUUGAUGAAAAUCUUCUGGAAUCUAUAACACCAAAGAUUAUCAAAGGAUGGCCAAACACAUACACGUUUACGAAAGCAUUAGCGGAAAAAAUGUUGUUACUACUAGGUGAUGGAUUACCCAUAGUAAUCGUCAGACCUUCAAUAGUUACGGCAUCGUGGAGAGAACCGAUAUUAGGAUGGGUAGACAAUUUAAAUGGGCCGACGGGUCUGCUGGCUGGCGCCGGCAAAGGGGUUCUGAGGACACUGCUGUGUCACAAGGACUUGAUUGCUGACCUGGUCCCAGUAGAUAUAUGUAUCAACUUAUUAAUAUCGGCUGCCUGGUACACGGCCACCAAUAGGCCAAAGGGCAUAGAAAUCUAUCAUUGUACGUCAGGCACAACGAAUCCGAUAUACUGGAAAGACAUCGAACGGUUGGGCCAUGAGUUCAUACUGGAGAACCCAUUUAGCGACAUUUUGUGGUACCCUGGUGGCAGUUUCAAAAGCAACAGAGUCGUCAAUUGUUUGUGUGUAGCAGCUUUUCAGAUGGCACCUGCCUACAUCAUUGACGCGCUCGCCAAAAUUACCGGUAGACAACCGAGGUUAGUUCGAAUCCACAAACGGCUACAGAAGGCGGUGUCAUGUCUAGAAUUUUUCACCACGCACGAAUGGAACUUCAAGAACACAAACGUGCAGAAGCUGUUCACCGAACUUGACCCCAAUGACCAGAAGACAUUUUACUUUGAUGUGUCGCAACUGGAGUGGCGGAGCUACAUCGAGUCAUACAUAUGGGGUACCAGGCAGUUUGUCCUCAAAGACCACCCAAGCACCGUGCCCAACGCCAAAUUGCGAUUGAGACGAAUGUACUACCUGCACCGGACUACCCAAAUGGUGUUUGUCGUGCUGGCAAUCAGAUACAUAUUAUUAGGCAACAAGUCCAUCCGGCGAUUUUGGUAUUCGGCUCUGUGUUUCCUAAUAAAAUGUAUCAGUAACGCUACUUCUUCUCUGCGUCUGGUCUAAGUCGGAGACUCAAAUGCAAUAGAAUAAUAUUAUUAUACUUUUACUUAUAUUUUAUACGCAGUGGUGUCCGCUACGACAACGCAAUGAUCGUAUAUUAUCAUGUAACUUAACACGCAAUAUACAUUAAUUAUAUAUUAAAAUUAAAUUAUUCAGGUAUAUUUUUAGACGAUCACGUAUUGCUCGACGAACUUAAUUCAAUCAAUCGUAUAGGUUAUUAUUAUAAUAUAAUAUCAUCAUCAUGUAUAUCAACCGGCCAUAAAUAAUAUAUUAUACUGAUUUGUCUUAUUCCGAUAAUAAUACCUUCCUAAUCCCGUUAUACUAUAAUAUAAUUUAUAAGAUAGUAUUCAGUUACAUUCUUUUUUUUUCCUUGUCCGUUCAAGUCAUAAUAUAUUACUUACACCUAUAUAUAAUAAGUUCACUGAUGCAUUAUGUAUGUUUAAAAAAAAAAAAAUUAUUAUUAUUAUUAUUAUACUAUGUUUAUACUUUAUGCCAUUCACCUUAUGGCUUCCGCCAAUUUAAAGUCGUUUCAAAUAUAAAAAUGACUUACUUGCAUUACAUACUUAGAUGUGAUUAUGUAUAUUAAUUAUUGAAAGACACUAUCAUAUAUUUGUGUGUUAUACAUAAUCUUCUGUUUUAGAAAUAAAAACCAAACAAUGUACCUAAAAAAUUAUUUUCGUUGGUUGGUAGUUUUAAAUAACCUAAACGAUCUGUUUGGUGAUGUUAUAGGAAUUAAGACGUCGUUUAUUAAUAUUUUAUAGGUAUAUCAUAAUAAUAAAUUAUUAUUUGUCCAUUGAUUUAAUAUUGUUAAUUACGUUAACUAUAGCCGUUAUUAUGGAUAGUACGUGGUAUAAUGUAAUAACAUUUUAUAUUCGUGCUUUGAAUUGCAUUGCGAUAAUAUUAAUUUAUAUUCAAUUGUUUGUACACUUUGUUAACUAUGUAUUCGAUUUUAUUGUUAGACAAUAAUUUCCAUUUUAUACAAAGACCAUUUUAUUAAUAUGAUUUUAGCCGUUACGAUAAUUAUUAGGGUUGAUAAUGAUAUGACAUUGAAAAAUAGUCAAAAACACCUAAAUACCUUUUUGGACUCCUACAAAUAUUCUACUCUUAAUUAAUAAAAUAACUUUCAUACUUAUUUAUUACGCACAUAAGCACUUAUAAUGACAUAAUGUCAUUGCAAUCAAUCCACGAAGACAUAAUAUAAUAGUUUUAAUAUGAUAAAAAAAGCUGUAAAAGUUCGCGUCAUGUUAAGUAGGUACACGUCGAUGUACCUACUACACCGAUGUAUAAAUGAAAUGCACCGGGAAUACUAAUAUUUUAUUCGCUUAUUUUUAUGAGACACAUAUAUCUUACCUAUCAGUUUAGUAAGUAGGUACCUACCCACCUGUCUAGGUACUACGCAAACAUAUACCAUAGGUAUACGUUUUUUUUUUAUGCUUGAUGUAGGUACCAACUAUACAUUUUCAUUGACAAGCUAUUUUAUAGUGGAUUUAGAUCUGUCAGUACACAAUAUAACAUUUGUUUCAUGGCAUAUAAUGAGAAUUAUACUGUAGGUACAACGUUUAACUUAUGUUUAGGCACCUAUCUAUUCGAUUAACCUUAGCAUAAAAUACUUUCCAUGGAUAUUUUAUUUAAUGCGAUACAAUCACUGUUUAAUUUAAAAAAAUAUAUGUUAUUGUAAAAUGUUAUUUUAUCCUAUAUUGUUUCAUACAAUAUUAAGCAUAUCCAUUUAGCAUUAAAAUGUUAUAAACAUUAAUACAUUUUUUAUUAUUAUACUUUAUUGUGUUAAAUAAUAUUAUUUUAUAUAAUAUACAAUGGCGUAUUUACAAUUGGGGUUCUGGGUUUUAAAAAGACGUUGGGUACCUAUCGAUAAGUUAUUUCAUUUUAACAUUUUAUAAAACUCAGUUGUAGAUUUCUUUACGUUUUCGGAGCUUACGUAUCGACGAAUAAGAAAAAAAAAUGUCUGUUGUAAGUAAUUAUAACUAUAAAAUGAGUAAACACCUUUUUAACGACUGAAAUAGGUAGUUGUAAAUUUAAAACCGUAGGUGUAUAAAAUAUAUUUGUUAAAUAUGUCAUUGUAUACAGUGUAUAGGUACAAAUAUAUUAAGUACCUACCUCAUUAUUGUGUAACAACCAUACAUGUUAUGCAAUACUUAAAUGUAAUAUUUUAUGUUAUCACAUGUUUCUUAGGAAAAAAAUAAUUUUAUAAUAAGCGCUUUAUAACAUAUUCAUUUUAAACAUUCAUUGAAUAUUUGACCUACAGAAAAAAUGUUCAAUUAAGUGUGUGACCUACAAUAUUUAAUCUUAUAUGAGUAUUUUAUUAGAUAGAGUACCUACGUAUGUACCUACCUUAUUUGCUGGAUAUUUGAUAAUACAUUAUAUUGUAUAAACAAGUUAGACUUGACUAAUGAUUGUUGAUAUACUAUACAAAUAGUUCAACUUCAACAGUGUCGUUGUAGUUUUUGCGUGUUUUCAUAUGUUGUUUUAUUAAAAAAAUAAAAUAAAAUAUCGGUGGCCGAAUUGUACUUAAUAUUCUAUUGUUUAUAACGAAAGAAUAGUCAUUGCAUUAUUACAAAAACAUGGUCUUAUACCAUCUCCGAUCUACUGUUUUAUAACGGUUAAAUCUAUGUAAAGAUGUAUGUUCGCAUGUUGCAGUCGUUACAAUACUCAGAUACUCAUGGGUGAAUACAACUGAGGAUGUAUUUUACUAGAGGAAUGACCAACUAAAUCAGAUUUAGAUUUUAAAAAAAAUGCACUUAAGACUACAAUAAAUAAUGAUAGACGUAUUGAAGGACCGUUUUUGGUUUGAGUUUAGAAAAGACAAUAAAAUAUAAAAAAUGAUUUUUUUUUCUUAUCGUACCCGGACACAUCGAUCUUGCUACACUCAAUGCAUAGUAUCUAUAGUUCAAAAUGAACUGUUAAAUUGGGUGUGUGGGAAUUGCGUAUGAAAAUUUCCAAUCUUUGGGAUAGGUAUAAUAAUCAAAUAAAUCAUUCAAAUCAUUUUGUUAGUGCAAAUACACCAACGAUCAAAUUUAUCUUGUUUUUAAAAAUUAAUGUUAUACAAAUGCAUGGCACCGCCUCAGAUUUUUUGAUGGAAGUAUGGUAUAGAUCAACAGUAAAAACUCGUAAUUAAUAUCUAUCUUUCUUAUGUUAUUUCCGAUUAAAUAUAGUUUAGUAAAUUCUUUUUUUUUUAUGUUUAUGCACAAUUGUAAAUGUUAUAAAUAAAUAUUAUAUUAUAAUAUAAUAUUAUAUUUGUAUAAUAUUUGUACUAUCCUUAAAUAAGUUAAAAUUGUAUAGGUAAUACACUUACAUUUUCAAUGCCUAUCAGUAUUGUUUUACUUAGAUACUUACUUUAUACUCAUGAGACAGGUAGUCUACUAAAAAUUACAUGGUAGGUCACAGUAGAUAUUAUUUAGGUCACUUAUUCAAUGAAUUUCUUUAUUUUCAUAAAUUGUCUACUCCAUAUAUUAUUUUAAACGUUGAUACACGAUUGUGAAUAGACAAAUGGCACGUUUUCAAUCAUUUGUACCUACCUGUAUUUUUUUAUGUGACGUUGCCAGAUCGUAAUACAUAGGUUCGUCGUAAUGAUAAACAUAAUUGUAAUACAUGGAUUAGAAAUAUGAAAACCAUAUAUUCUGUUGAAUAUUUUUAAGUUUAUUUUUCUAAUAAUUAUUAUGAAUUACUGUGAAUAACAAAUGUACCUUAUUUCUAAAAAUUAUUAACUAAAUAAGUUGUUUAUUAACAAGUCUCGGAGUGGGGGAAAUAUUUUUUAAAUCAAACCUUUGCUUUACUGAUGGAUUUUGUGCCCAAAGAUAUGGUAUAAAUACGAUCUAUGUAAUCUAUCACGCAAUGCCACACGGAAAAAGAAAAAAAUUAUAAAAAUGAGCACCAUUGAGCAAUGGAUAAAAGUACCAACUUUCGAAAACGUGUUCACCGGAUCGUUUUUUUCCACUAAAAAAUUGUCAAUUUAGCUUAAAAUCAUGCGCGUUUGCGUUACAAAAAAAGGUAACACAUUCGCAAUCGUGUUUCACAAAUAAAAUAUAUACCUAAUUGUUUUGAUUUAUGUAUACAUUCAAUAAACAUUAGUUAAACAACAAAUGCUUUUUUAACAACUAAAUUAUAUUAUGUGUCAUAUACGUUGUGUGAAAUCGUCAUCUAUUUUAGGGAUUCAAACACCUUUAAAAAAAUGUAAUAAAUGUGCUCAAUAAUAUUAGUUAUCAUACUAUUUAGUAAAACGUUUUGUUUAAAUAAUUUGCACGCAUCAUGGCUAGUCUAAUAACAAUGAUAUGAUAUAUCGUUAAAAUGUUGCACUCCUUUUCGUUUAUAUUGAAUUGUACGUACCUAUAAGAAAAUUAUUAAUUAUUAUAUAAAAUAAACUAGGUAUUACUAUAUUGUAUUGACGUCCAGAUCCACCAGCGUUGUUGGUUGUUAUUUUGAUAAUUGAUAAAUUAUUAUUAGAAAUAAUAGUAUAAUUAAAUGAUAAUAAA